UGUCAUGAGAGGUGAUGACACAGUCAGGGAGACGUAUCCACAUCCUCACUGACUCCCAACUUCGCUGCUCGCCGCUGCUUCUGCCGCCGCUGCUGCUGCUGUUACUGCGUCCCACAGAGGAGAGAGGGAGCCAAAGAUAGCCUCCAUUCUCUCUCCCCACCUCUCUCUCUUCCUCUCUUUUUCACUUUGUUUGUGGAUGAUGGGAUUUUAAUCAUGUGGAAGACAGCUGAGCGGCUCUUCUGGAUUUCGCUGACGCUGCGCCUGGUCCCGCCUGGCCUCCUCUGAGCAGGAUGGACACUCUGGAGUCAGAGCUGACCUGCCCAAUCUGCCUGGAGCUCUUUGAAGACCCACUUCUGCUCCCCUGCGCCCACAGCCUCUGCUUCGGCUGCGCCCACCGCAUCCUCGUCUCCCACUGCACUACCAACGAAUCUGUUCAGAGCAUCGGCGCCUUCCAGUGCCCGACCUGUAGAUAUGUCAUUUCUCUGAGUCCGGAGCGUGGACUAGAAGGACUUAAGAGAAACGUGACCUUGCAGAACAUUAUUGACAGAGUUCAGCGAGCCUCAUCUUCAGCUGGGCUCCCUCUACCACUGCCGCUGCCUGCGCCCCACAGUGGGCCUAACUCUCCCAGCGAAGAAGGGAGCAACCGAUUGGCUCUGGUACCUGUCAGUGCCGCCAUGUCCAGCCCAGGUACGCCACCCGAACCGGUCCAGUGCCAGUUCUGCGAGCAGGACCCCCCACAGGAUGCUGUCAAGACGUGCGUGACAUGCGAGGUGUCAUACUGCGAGGAAUGCCUUAGAGCGACACACCCCAACAAGAAGCCGUUCACGGGCCACCGGCUCAUUGAGCCCAUGCCAGACUCCCACCUCAGAGGGCUCCAGUGUCUGGAGCACGAGGAGGAGAAAGUGAACAUGUACUGUGUCACUGAUGAUCAGCUGAUCUGCUCGCUGUGCAAACUGGUCGGAAGGCACAGGGACCACCAGGUGGCAGCACUGAGCGACCGCUAUGAAAAACUCCGGCAAGCCCUGGACUCCAACCUGAGUAAUUUGAUCAAGAGGAACAAUGAGCUGGAGUCCCUUAUGGGGAAACUGAUCCAGACUUGUCAACAUGUAGAGGUGAACGCGUCCCGCCAGGAGGGCAAGCUCAUGGAGGAGUGUGAUGUCCUGAUUGACAUUAUUCAGCAGAGGAGGCAGAUCAUUGGCAGCAAGAUCAAGGAGGGGAAGGCACAAAGGCUUCGGAAACUCGCCCAGCAGAUCUCCAACUGCAAGCAGUGCAUCGAGAGGUCCUCAGCCCUCAUCACACAGGCCGAUCAGACACUGAAAGAAACCGAUCACGCUCGCUUCCUGCAGACUGCAAAGAGCAUCAACGAGAGGGUUUCCAUGGCAACCACAUCAACCCAAGUGCUGAUCCCUGAGAUUCACCUGACGGACACCUUCGACACCUUCGCCCUGGACUUCACCAGAGAGAAGAAGCUGCUGGAGAAUCUGGAUUACCUCACUGCUCCAAGUGCUCCGUGCAUAAGGGAAGAGUUGUGCACGGCCUCAUACGACACCAUCACCGUCCACUGGACGUCUGAUGAUGAAUUCACAGUGGUGUCCUAUGAGCUCCAGUAUGCCAUCUUCACUGGACAGUCUAACAUUGCCAGUCUCUGUAACUCAUUGGAGAGCUGGAUGAUUGUCCCCAACAUCAAGCAGAACCACUACACAGUGCACGGCCUGCAGAGCGGCACCAAGUAUAUCUUUGUUGUCAAGGCCAUUAACCAAGCGGGAAGCAGGAGCAGUGAACCGGGGACUCUGAAAACCAACAGCCAGCCGUUCAAGCUGGACCCUAAAUCUGCUCACAAGAAGCUGAAGGUGUCUCACGAUAACCUGACGGUGGAGCGGGACGAAACCACAUCCAAGAAAGGCCACAGCCAGGACCGGUUCACCAGCCAGAGCAGCUAUGGCGUGGUGGGAAAUGUCUAUAUUGACAGCGGGCGUCACUACUGGGAGGCUCUGAUUGGAGGGAGCACAUGGUACGCUGUGGGGAUAGCCUACAAAUCAGCCCCCAAACAUGAGUGGAUCGGCAAGAACUCGGCCUCCUGGGUGCUCUGCCGCUGCAACAACUCCUGGGUGGUUCGCCACAACAGCAAGGAGCUGGCCAUCGAGCCCUCACCUCACCUGCGACGCGUCGGGGUCCUGUUGGACUACGACGCUGGAUACCUGACCUUCUACGACGCCGUGGGCUCCCAGCACCUGCACACAUUUCACGUCUCCUUCAUUCAGCCUGUGUGUCCUGUGUUUAACGUGUGGAAUAAGUGUCUGACGAUUCUCACUGGCCUACCCAUCCCUGACCAUCUAGAGGGACUGGAGCCCCACAACUGAGAGCUACAGACAGACAUGAAUAAAUCAGCAUAAACUGGCCUCAUUAUCUCAAAGCUGCACUGGGCAAGAUUUGUGAAAAUACUAAUGUUUGAAUAGAAAAAAGAAAAGUGUCCCAUCCUCUUAAAUUCUGCUGAAUUCACUCAAAAUAAAAUCUGCUCAUGUGCACUUCUGCAGUCCCAGAGGCAGCGACAAAACGGUGAGUGAAAUAUAAACUGUCUCCUAACCAGCAGCUUGCAAGAACUUUGUACAAAAAAGCUGGAAUCACUAGUGUUUGAUCGUUUUGUCUUUUCCCAUUUGGUUUUCUUUGGUACAAACCACUACAGACCAGCUGUUUUGGUAAAAACGAGCAUGUGAAUAAGCUAAUGAAAUCACUUCCUCAAUCAAAUUACUGCAAACACUUGCUGCUGUUUGUAGUGCAGCUUUAAUGUGUGAAGACAAAAAGAAUUAAUUACUGAGGUGUUUAUUCAUCAGGCUUCUCAAAAGUGAUUUUUAAUUGUUUAUUAUGAUUUCUAAAAGCAAACAUGAUGCUGGUUCAUGUUGUAUUUCACUUAAAAAGACUAAAAAAAACCUAUUCCAGAUGAAUGGCAAUAAGCUGGAGUCAGUGCGGAGGAAACAAAGACUAAUGGACUUUGUUGGACCAGAAAUUUUUACUCUAAGGCACUUUGAGCUACGAUGGGUACAUUUGUACAGCGGCAACUAGGAAACAAGCCACAAAUCAAUUUCUAAUUUUCUUUCUUUCCUUCUUUUUUUUACAUGCCGUCUUAUCAGAUAUAGCACUUUGAAAGUCCCUUAAAGUACACACUCACACACACACACACACAAAACGAAUGCAUACACACAUACCACCCCUUCUUACUUUAGUCAAUCACGGUUGCUGGAAAGAGCAGAAUAGCAGGUGUAUAUUUUGUAAAUUCGCCCCUUAUCUUCCCCUCGUUCAUUCAAAAAGGAACCAAAGUAGCCAUUGCUGUCUGUUCAGAUGUCUUUACAUAAAAUUUUACCCUUAAUAAAUGCUGAAUUAUUUUUAAAAAGUGAGAGAGAGGAAAUAGCAUUAUGCUAAUAUUAAAAGCAAAGUAUUCCUUUAAAUGUAGACCUUGUUUUUGCACAUUGUUCAUACUUUAUUCAUGGUUUUGUAGCCUAAAAGUCUCAUUCAUUUUGGUGCAAUUAACAUGCAUUCAUAUUGGCAAAGUGUUGUGUUCUGUUUGACUUAUUGUGUUAAUUUCGUUUUUUGGCAGCCAGACAAGUCGUGCCAUUAUGAUUUUAUGUGAUACAUAAUAUGUGAAUUGUGUUAUAGUUGUAGCCCCAGGUUAUUAUUGGAGCUAAGCGGUAAAAUGCACAAUUGGGUGUAAUAUUUUUUUUCUCACUUUUCUCUUAAAACAAGCUGUUUAGUGAGAUAAAUUUGUGCUGGUGUGCCAAUACUCCAGAACCAUUAAUUAGCAUUUAAUAAAGAGUGUCUUCCCGUUUUAUCUUAUAAAAAAUAUUCAAUUUUAUAUGUAUUUUCACACUGAGGUCUUAUUUCAUCAAAAACACAUACAGCAGAUUGUUUGGAAAUGUUAAAAGUUCAGUUACUCUCUAUAAAAACACACCGUUUUCACUUUAAGACAACAUAGCACAUGGAGAUGUCCUUGGACUUUGCAUAAUGACCUUAAGGUGCACUGGCUCUUUACUUCAGUCACUGGCUGAAUCUCAUUUUGAUUUUCCUUAAUUCCUUGCAAUUUAAAACAGACAAAAAGGCCUAAAUGAGAUUCAGCCACUUUUGCUCAUAGGUCACGACCCCUGCAGAAAAAUCUCCCAGAGGAACAUUGUCAAUUCUAAAUCCUAUAAUUCUAUUUUGUUCUAGAUGUAAUAAUGUAUGACAGUGACAAAAAUGGAGCUCCUCAGUGUAAAUACAAUAAUUUCCAUUUCUCGAUAUUGCGAUGUUUCAAAGCCCAGUACACUUAAAAACAUGGAGGACAAAUAACAAUCUGUUCUUUUCUAUCUAAAGUUCCUUGGCAAUAAAUUGAACUGUAUGUUUCAUUGUAUUCAAAUAUAUAGUGCUUAAUUUAAUAUUUCCAUUUGAACUUCCUGACCAUGGUGUUAUAUGUUCUGUCUCUGUGGACAUUUUUAUGGAAAAUAGAAUAUGAGUGCUUGCAUCACUGUCGUCUGAGAUAAGUCUAUGAAAAGGUCAAAAAUAAACAUUCUUUUUCACAUUAA